AGUGAAAAUAUUAAAGCACAAAAAUACCAUCAAAGAAUAAUGGCAAAGCUUUUGACUUGUAUCCUUCUCAUUGUUGCUCUAUUUUUUGUUGGAACAAUAAUCCCAUCAGUUGAAUCAGAAACUUGCUAUCAGAUACAUCCUGAAAUAUUGUGUGAUGGUGGACAAGUUGAGCCAAAAUGUUUACCAUUUUGCAAACAAAAGUUUGGACCCAAUGCUGGUGGCCAAUGCAUUGAUCAGAUUGGAUUUCAGGGUCCUUUUUGUGCUUGUAACUACCCUUGCUAGUCAACAAUUUAUAUCUUAAUAAAAUUUAUAUAAUUAUUGCUUCAUGUAAUUUUGGCUAUCCAAUUUGAUGUGAUAUAUCAAUCUCAAUGAACUUUAUAUUUUGAUUAAUGA